AUGCACGUAGAUUGCUCGUCUAACAGCCAAGGUAGUGGUGCCAACAUAAUCCUGGAAGGACCAACCGGCUUAACACUAGAACAAUCCCUCCACUUCGCUUUCAAAGCAUCAAACAAUCAAGCCGAGUACGAGGCAUUGUUGGCCGGACUUAGGUUGGCGCAAAAGGUUGGUGUUACAAGGCUAGUUUGUUGGAAUGACUCCAAGAUAGUCAUCGAGCAAGUGAACAAUCACUUCCAAGUCAAAGAUGCCAAUCUGUUAAGGUAUUACCACCUUUUCCAUAGUAUGUGUAACCAAUUCGAAGAAGUGCAAGUCAAAUACACACCAGAUCAACUGGCUCGAUUAGCUAGCAAUGGACGUAAACAAAGUCAAUUGCGAACCACCCUUCACCUUGAAUUGCCCCAACCCAGCGUGGAUGCCACUGAGUGUCUAGCAGUUUCCGAAACUGAAGCCACGAAAACCAACGCACCUUGGAUGACUGAAUUACUCGAAUUCAUUCUGCAUGGCAAGGAACCAGCUGAUGCUUUGGCCGCUAAAAAGCUCUGCACUCAGGUUGCACGAUUCUCGGUUGUAGGUACAGAAUUGUACAAAAGAGGCUUUUCGACCCCAUUGCUCAAAUGCAUCGGGCUGGAACAAGCUGACUAUAUAUUAAGAGAGGUCUACGAAGGAAUUUGCGGAUCCCACUCGGGUGGAAGGACCCUCGUAGCUAAAGUACUACGAGCCGGUUACUAUUGGCCGACCCUCAAAAGUGAUUGCGCUCACUUCGUUAAGAGAUGUGUCCAAUGCCAAAAGCAUGGUAACCUCAUUCACGCAUCGGCCGAACAAUUGCAUAGCAUCAGCUCGCCUUGGCCGUUUGCUUUAUGGGGAAUGGAUAUACUUGGACCAUUUCCCAUUGCUAAAGAUCAGAAGCUCAACAAGUUCAUCCAAGAUUUGGGAAUCAAACACCGAUUCACAUCAGUUGAACAUCCACAAGCUAAUGGGCAAGCUGAAGCUGCAAAUAAAGUCAUCCUAUCGGAACUAAAAAAACGUUUAGGAGAAGCCAAAGGCGCUUGGGCAGAGGAGUUGUUGGAAGUACUAUGGGCUUACCGUUGUACCCCUCAAUCUACAACACAAGAAAUCCUGUUCAAGUUGACAUACGAAACCGACGCCAUGAUCCUGGUCGAGGUUGGGGGACCCUCUUUUCACCGAUUACAUUUUGACGAAGCCUGCAACAAUUGUGUCACUUAA